AUGGAUUCUGACGCAGGUUCCACCUACAGCCGCUCCUCAUCCCCCGACCUGGUUGUGGAUGACUCAGCUGGGAGCUUCUUCUCGAACAAGAUGUUUCAGACCUACUGCCACGAAAACCGCUCCGACAGAGAGGCCGACCAGAGCGGCGGCGGUAAAGCCAAAACCAGAUCGCAGCUCAGCAAGGAUGAGGUGCAAGACCUGAGACUGAAAGUCAACAGUCGGGAGAGGAAGCGGAUGCACGAUUUGAAUCAGGCCAUGGAUGGCUUGAGAGAGGUCAUGCCCUACGCUCACGGCCCGUCGGUCCGCAAGCUUUCAAAAAUCUCCACCUUGCUCCUUGCCCGAAACUACAUCCUCAUGCUGUCCAGCUCAUUGGAGGAGAUGAAGAAGCUGGUGGGGGACGUCUACGGAGCCAACCAGAGUCGCGCCGGCCACCCGUCCAUCAACCCUGCUGCAUCUGCACCUGCCCAUCUCCCCCUGCAUCCUCUGGCCCAGACUCUCCACUCUCUGGUGGGCAGCGCCCAGCACCAUUCAUCCACCCCGGGCACAACAGCAGUUCCAUCUCCACACUCGCCUCCGUCGAGCAGCUUCCUUAGCUUCCACGCUCCGGUCCAGAGCCUUCUGAAGGACCCGCUCCACCUGACCGGCUCCUACAGGCAUUUCCCCGGGAUGCCCUGCCCAUGCUCACUGUGCCAAACUUUGCCCACACCGACCUCUUCGUUGCACAGCUUGGCAAUGAACAAGUGA